AUGACAAGCCCCUCAUCCACUUCCUCCAUCCCCCCACCACUCCCGAUAUCACUCGUCACGACACUUCUGCCAUACUUGAUACCACCAUCGCCUCUACCUCAAGAAUUUCUAUCAAAAUCUCUACUACAGCGACUAUUGUACUUACCACCUUCAUCCGAUGAUCUCGACUCACAUCUAUCACCAUUCCCUUCUUCUUCCUCUCCCUCUACCUCUUCCUCUUCAGCGCCAACCUUUCAGCCUAUAUCAUCUAGACUGCAAGAAUUGUCACAUGAUCAUCAACUGUCUUCUACCAGAUAUACUAAAGAAGGGGAAGAUGUUUAUGCCAAAAUUGUCAUAUCACCAGAACAUGUCGAUGACAGCAUGAGUAUAGACAAAAGUGUCGAGGUUUGGUUCGAAUACGAAUCUCCGUCUACCGGUGGAGCUGAAAGUAGAGGUUGGGUAUAUCAUUCUUCAAGAUUACCACAACCUACCUCAGUGCUUCAAUUCGUGUCUGACCCAUCACUUCUUUCUACUUUAACGAAAGCUGACGAGGUUAUGGAUUAUGGACAUGAUCAUGAUGAAGAGAAUUUAGAUGGACAAGCACCUGAAGGAUAUUGGACCGCAUUCGACUCACCGCCUUCGACCAAUUCACCUUCUUUGCCACAUACAGAUCUAGGUGAACAAAGCGAAAGAGAAAGAGAUGAUGCUUAUUGGUCACAAUAUUCACGUCCACCAACAGCUCCUAUAACUCCAGGUAUACAUACCCCCUUUCAUCCAAAUACAAAUAACCCUCAAAAGCCAUUAUCUCAAAUGAAUACGAAAAUUAGUCAAGAAGAAACCGCUAGGAAAUUAACUGAAAGUUUGCAACAAUUAGGUUUGGCAUCUAAUGGAUAUACGAAAUUUAACGAAAACGUUGAAGGGAAAAGAGGAUUCUGGAAUGAUAGUCACGAUGACCAUGAUGAUCUGAAUGCUGGCCAUGACAGUAAGGAAAAACAUGAAAUCAACAAUGUGAACAAGAACGUCAAUGGAAAUGGUAAUGGUAAUGACGAAUCUGAACGAAAAACUCAGCAGGACAUUAAAGACCGUCUAAAAUGUAAAAUAUCAGCUUCGUUAAAUGCAUUAUGGAAGGAAUACACGACCGACUCGAAUGAAGAUGAAUUAGAAAUCAACGCUAUGAAUUGGUUAAAAUACGCAAGAUUGAUCAUAGAGCCUUCUUCCACCACGGAUCAGCCAGAGGGAAACGUGUUCCCUACGAGUUCGAUGGACGACAUCAAAGAUGAAAGGGUCAAAGCUAAAUUCGAAGUAUUGUGGGACAUGUUCCAAGUCCUAAACCAAGAUAGUCAACAAGAAUCGUUUUUCAGAUUGGUUGAAGGUGUGAUAAGAAGACAACCUGAUUUAAGGGGUGAAGAGGAUUUAGAUGAAGUGAUGAGACAGAGAAUGUACUAUGAGUAA